AGGGGGGGGGGGGUUAAAACUUGAGAUUAUAUUCCAUCUUUGCCCUUUGUUUUUACCCUUCUUUGGAGCUUCCAUAUUUCCGGAACAAAGUUGAUGCCUUUGGGCAAGGACCUGCUGUAAAUCUAACUCUUAGAUUUUGCUGGUCCCGAAAACACAUACUGGUCUGAGAAAAUUAACGAUCUUUUUAUCCCAACCGUCAAAAUCUGACCAGACCCUUGGGCUCAUUACUGUUAACAGACCAGGUCGGCACCAUGAACCAAGGGGGCGUAGCCACCACGAACGGUGGCUCGGGAAGCGGCUCAGUCGGCGUUCAGAUCCAUCAAUCCCGAAGGCUCCCGGAUUUCCUUCAAAGCGUUAAUCUCAAGUACGUAAAACUAGGCUAUCACUAUUUAAUUUCCAAUCUUUUGACCCUGUGUUUUAUUCCUCUCAUCGCGGUGAUCUCAAUCGAAGCUUCUCAAAUGAAUCUCGAUGAUUUACGCCAGUUAUGGGUUCACCUUCAGUACAACCUGGCUAGCAUAAUCAUUUGUUCUGCUAUCUUAGUCUUUGGGUUAACAGUCUACAUCAUGACUCGACCCAGACCCGUUUACCUUGUUGACUAUUCUUGCUACCGUGCUCCCGACCAUCUUAAGGCUCCCUAUGGUCGUUUCAUGGAGCACUCUAAGUUGACCGGUGAUUUUGAUGAAUCGUCUCUGGAGUUCCAGCGCAAGAUUUUGGAGCGCUCGGGGCUCGGGGAAGAGACUUAUGUGCCUAAAGCUAUGCAUAACAUCCCUCCAACGCCCUCCAUGGCGGCGGCGAGGGAAGAAGCUGAGGAGGUUAUGUUUGGCGCACUGGAUAUUCUUUUCCAUAACACAAAUGUCAAACCCAAAGAUAUUGGUAUUCUUGUUGUGAAUUGUAGUUUGUUUAAUCCAACACCUUCAUUGUCUGCCAUGAUUGUGAACAAGUACAAGCUAAGGGGAAAUAUUAGGAGUUUUAAUUUAGGUGGGAUGGGCUGUAGUGCUGGGGUGAUCGCCGUAGAUCUUGCUAAGGAUAUGUUGCAGGUACAUAGGAAUACGUAUGCUGUUGUUGUGAGUACUGAGAACAUCACUCAGAACUGGUAUUUUGGUAACAAGAAGUCCAUGUUGAUCCCCAAUUGUUUGUUUCGCGUCGGGGGUUCCGCUGUUUUGCUUUCGAAUAAGUCUAAGGAUAGGAGGCGGGCUAAGUAUAAGCUUAUUCAUGUGGUUCGAACACAUCGAGGAGCAGAUGAUAAGGCAUUUAGGUGUGUGUAUCAGGAACAGGACGAUGCAGGGAAGACAGGUGUUUCACUGUCUAAAGAUUUGAUGGCCAUUGCCGGAGGUGCACUGAAGACCAAUAUCACUACUUUGGGUCCUCUCGUGCUACCAAUCAGCGAGCAGCUUUUGUUUUUCACAACCUUGGUGGUGAAGAAAUUGUUCAAUGCCGGUAUUAAGCCUUAUAUUCCAGAUUUCAAGUUGGCAUUUGAUCAUUUCUGUAUACAUGCUGGGGGGAGAGCUGUGAUUGAUGAGCUGGAGAAAAACCUGCAGCUGCUACCAAUACACGUGGAGGCUUCUAGAAUGACACUCCAUCGUUUUGGAAAUACUUCUUCAAGUUCCAUAUGGUAUGAAUUGGCCUACAUUGAGGCCAAGGGGAGGAUGCGGAAGCGAAACCGUGUUUGGCAAAUCGCAUUUGGAAGUGGCUUCAAAUGUAAUAGUGCAGUUUGGGAAGCUCUUCGGAAUGUUAAGUCAUCUAGCAAUGGUCCUUGGGAAGAUUGCAUUGAUAGGUAUCCUGUGAAAAUAACCACCUAGCUGAGCAAUAUUUUGAGUUAGAUUCUACAUUCAAAUAGAGGACUUCAUUGGUAGGCAGAACCGCUGUGCCUUGGUUUAUCUAUAGUUCUUGAUGUGUACUGUAGUGUGUCAUUCUUAUUCUCGGCAUGUUGUCAAAUGUGCGUGUGUGUGUGUGUGUGUGUGUUUAAUCUUUUUUCUUUCAUUUACUUGCGUUUGCAUGCAUAUCUGGAUUCUGGAGUACCAUCGUGUGAGACUUGCUCAUUUUGUACUAUAAUUCUCCAUGUACUAGUAAUUGACCUGUUUGAGACUA